GUGGCAUUUUUCGACCACCAGUACAGGGACUCGCCGUACGAGAGCGCGCUGCUCAGCGGGUUGGCGGUGUUGGGGAUCCGUGAGGACGGCGGAUGGGUCGGGCCGGGUGAUUACACGCCCAAGUAUUCGGCCGUCAUCAAGAUCGCGCGUAUACUAGUGGUGUACCAAUCCGUGGUAGAACGUGAAGACGAGGUGCGGGUGUUGCAGAGGAGGAUGAGCCGGCAAGCGGCGGAAGAGGCAGCCACCGGAUUGUUCACGAUCGUGCGGGCCAAGGUGGAGCGGUUCAUGACGGUCGUUUCGGAGAGGUCGGAGCCGGGGGUGAUAGAUUGGAUAUUCGACGUGCGCACGUACGGGAUGCGGAUCCAGUUCACGACGCCGAGCCGCGGGGUGGUCGAUUGGACAGGGGACAGGGUGACGUACCGGCGGGUGCGGAUCGGGAUGAACGAGUUGGGCGACAUGAUGCACGAGUUGACACGGGAGAUGAAGACGGCGUUGGGCGAGUUGUUGAUGGUCGGGGACGAGGGUUUCGGGGCGGUGCCGGCGAUCGAGUGGGCGCGGUUCGAGGACGACCAUAGCGACGAGACGGUGGAUUAUUCGUUUUUACACGACGACCGUAAC